GAGGGGCGGGCGGCGGCGGCGGGGACGCGGCGUCGCGGCCCGCCGCGGAGAGCGCGGGCGGCGGCAUGGGCACCCGGCAGACCAAGGGCAGCCUGGCGGAGAGAGCCAGCCCCGGCGCGGCGCCCGGUCCCCGCCGCGAGCGGCCCGACUUCUGGGCGUCGCUGCUGCUGCGCGCCGGGGACAAGGCGGGGCGCGCGGGCGCCGGCUCGGGGCUGCCCCCCUACCACCGGCGCGUCGGCAUGGUCCAGGAGCUGCUGCGGAUGGUGCGCCAGGGCCGGCGGGAGGAGGCGGGGACGCUGCUGCAGCACCUGCGCCAGGACCUAGGCAUGGAGUCGACCUCGCUGGACGACGUCCUGUGCCGCUACGCCAGCUUCCGGAACCUGGUGGACCCCAUCACACACGAUCUUAUCAUCAGCCUGGCACGCUACAUCCACUGCCCCAAGCCGGAGGGCGACGCGCUGGGCGCCAUGGAGAAGCUGUGCCGGCAGCUGACCUACCACCUCAGCCCCCAUUCCCAGUGGAGGCGCCAUCGCGGGCUGGUGAAGAGGAAGCCACAGGCCUGCCUCAAGGCAGUCCUGGCCGGGAGCCCUCUGGACAACACAGUGGACCUGUCUGGCAUCCCGCUGACCCCCCGUGACCUGGAGCGGGUGACCGGCUACCUGCAGCGCUGCGGGGAGCAGGUGGAUAGCGUGGAGCUGGGCUUCACGGGCCUCACGGACGACAUGGUCCUGCAGCUACUGCCGGCACUCAGCACGCUGCCCCGGCUGACCACGCUGGCCCUCAACGGCAACCGGCUGACGCGGGCCCUGCUGCGCGACCUCACUGACGCCCUGAAGGACCCCAGUAAGUUCCCCAGCGUCACGUGGAUCGACCUGGGCAACAACGUGGACAUCUUCUCACUGCCCCAGCCCUUCCUGCUCAGCCUGCGCAAGCGCUCCCCCAAGCAGGGUCACCUGCCCACCAUCCUGGAGCUGGGCGAGGGCCCGGGCAGUGGGGACGAGGCCCGGGACGAGACUGUGGGCCAGGAGGACCCUGGAGGGGACCAGGAGGCCAGGGAGACUACAGGUGCAUCUCAGACGUGACAGGGAGGUGGGGGCCUCUCCAGGGAGUCCUGCUGGGGUAGGAUGGCUGAGGCAGGGCAGGCGUUCCCAGCGGGGUAGCGGGCCACCAUCCAGAAUGGGCCUGGCAGCACCUCCCCCCGACCCAGGAAGCCAGAUGGUAGCAUCUAGGAAAGGACUGUAAUUCCUUUCUGGUCCUCUCCAGCACCCCCUCGUCAAUCCACAUCUGCGUUUUGGCUCCUGAGCAGUCCUCCCUGGCUCGAGAGGAACCACCCCUCAGCUUCCCAACUCGUGGGUGCCGUGUAGGGACUGGGGAUGCUGGCGGCUUGAGUUAAUGUGAGCGGUCAGAGCUUUCCCCCCCAGAAAAGGAAGUGUAGUGGGGGCUCUGCAUCUAACCCGGGAUUUUCCAGUCCUGAAUUACAGAUAUCCAGAUGCUGGAUGUGCCCCUGAUCAAGGCAGGUCGGAAUCUCUAGCUCCUGGCUGACGGUUGGGGUAGGGGACUGGCUGCUGGAGACCCCAGGAGCCUCAUCCCCAUCUGGACUGAGGGGUGUCUGCCUCCUCGUGGCGCCCAGGCUCGUUGGGACCAACUUCCCGGUCUCAGCUUCCAUUUACAAGGCUCACCCUUCAGCCUGUGACCCCAGAGGCCUAGCCACGGGACCAGCCACCCCCCAUACCCUUCAAUAUUUAGGACAUCCUAGAAGUCUGGGGCAGACAGUGCAUGCCACUCAGAAACCGCACAGCAUCUCCACCUAGUGGAACACCACAUGCGUCGGUGUUCCUACAGUACAGGCCAGAGUGAGCCUUGCUUCCUUUCAAAAGGACCCUUUUCCCAUAAAAUCCCUCCCCAUGGAGUCCCCAAAGUAAUCCUUGCUACUUUGAGCACAUUCCCGAAAACCCAGGACCACAAAGGUGAGGUGCCUCCAAGCAAGACAACUGGGAGAAGGGGAAAAAAAUAAACCGGAGGUUCCCAAGGGGAGAAAACCAAGGUUUUCACCCUACCUUCCCCUUACCCAAGGCCUACGGGUUAAAAAGUCAUCCCUUUCAGGCACAAUUAGCAAGUCCAGGGAGAUUGGGAACCAAUCAUUCUUGAGCUAGAGAAAAUCAUUCUGGGUGCCCAGUGUUGGUGAACCAGACAAGAGCCCCUCAGGCAAACAGCAGAGGGCUAGGGAAGCACAGCCUGACAUGCCUCCAGCCUCAAGCCAGGUGGGGUAGCCAAGACCUUCACACCGGAAGGUGGCAAGAUGGGGGUGGGUGAAGAGCCAGACAGUGGGACCUUGCCUGCUGCUGUCUGGGCAGGUGUGGGGUAGGGCUUCAGGAGCUACAGGGAGGCUGUGCAAAAGGGCAGACAGAGCCCAGAGGGGCAGGGACUGGACUCAUGUGUUACAGAUGCCUUAAAAUGCUUUGGGAUUUUUGCCCCAAGUCUCAAGAGGGGAGAACAGCUUAGACCUACCUUAAGGGAAGGUGACAAGUACUAAUACCCGGACCGCUAAAAUAUUUGUCGGCAGUGAUCAAACUGGACUUUUUCUUCAAAUACACAUUUGU